AUGCCAAACGAACCCAGGGCCAUCAUCAUCGGUUGCGGAGUGGCAGGUAUCGCACUGUCUGCACGCCUCAAAAAAGACCUGUACUUCAACAAUUUCACCAUUUACGAGCGGGAGCCCGAGCUUGGCGGCACCUGGCACCUGAAUACCUAUCCUGGUGUCGGUUGCGAUGUCGACUCCCAUCUCUAUUCAUUCUCCUUCAAUCUGAACCCGAACUGGUCCAAGCGCUUUGCCGAACAGCCAGAGAUCUUGGAAUACCUGAACAGCACGGUCGAUAAGUUCGGUAUCCGACCCCAUGUCGUAUGCGGCAUUGAGGUGAUCGAGGCUCGCUGGGAAGAGUCGCGCGCUUUGUGGCAGGUACAGCUUCGAGAUGUCCAGAGCGAGUACUCAUUUUGGAAGGAGGCAGAGAUUCUAGUGUCGUGUGUUGGAACCAUCUCUACCCCAAAGGAUUGUGAUAUCCCAAAGCAGGAGGUCUUUGACGGCGAGAUAUGGCACUCUGCGCGCUGGAACCACACAUAUGACCUCCAAGGGAAGACAGUCGCUGUCGUCGGCAAUGGGUGUUCAGCCGCCCAGCUGGUUCCUCAUGUCGUUCGAGUCGCAAAGAAGGUCUACCAGUUUCAGAAAUCUCCCCAGUGGAUAACCAGCAGGAUCAACCGGGAGUUCACCACGUUUGAAAAGUGGUGCUUUGCGAACAUCCCUCUGCUUAACCGCCUAUACCGCUUCAAGCUUUGGAAAGAUACUGAUAGCUUGCACUCGCUCUAUCUGUCAGACUCAGAUGCUUUGAUUGCCCAACGAGAGAAAACGACGAAUGUCUCGGUCGACUAUAUCAAGGAGAAUUCUCCUAAGCAGUACCACGAUAUUCUAAUCCCCAAAUUCCCACUCGGCUGCAAGCGUCGCAUUUUUGAUCCAGGCUACCUUGACUGUCUCCACAAAGACAAUAUCGAACUUACAACGGAGCCUAUUACUGAAUUUUUUGAACACGGUCUCCGAACAUCUGAGCGAGAAAUCCCCGUUGACGCUGUUAUCCUCAGCACCGGUUUCAAAGUCCAGGAGUUCCUUUCCCCAAUGGACAUCUACGGUCGACGCACGUCGCUCAACGAGCACUGGAAGACCACUCGCGGCGCACAAGCAUACAAAGCUUCCCUCGUCGCCGGCUUCCCUAACUUCGGAAUUGUUUUCGGACCCAACGCAUUCCCGGCCCAUAACUCGGUUAUCUACUCAAAUGAAGUGCAAGUGGAGUACAUGAUCAAGGCCAUCUUCCGGCCGAUUCUCAGCGGUCACUUCACAACCAUUGACGUCAAGGAAGCCGCCGAGAUCCGCGACGCAAAUACCGUUCAGGCAAAGCUGAAGAAUAUGGUUUGGUCGGGCGGCUGCUCGAAUUGGAACCUGGACUCGAACGGACGCAACACGACGAACUACCCCGACAACACCUGGAUGUUCUGGUAUCAGCUUUACUGGCCCAAGUGGGAGGACUUUAACUUCUCGGGGGAUACGGGGCGGCGGCCAAUGAGUCCUCUAAAAACACUCUCGUUGACUGCAAUGGCUGCGGCGGGCGUCAUUCUGGGAACUAUAUAUGCCUCUGAACAUAUUCCCUGGGUUUCUGUUUUGUAG